AUGGAGUCUCUGGUUCACGCUGCGGUGGCGGAGCUGCAGAAGCUAACCGGACAGCAGCCUCCUCUAACCGGACAGCAGCUUCCUCUAACCGGACAGCAGCCUCCUCUAACCGGACAGCAGCCUCCUCUAACCGGACAGCAGCUUCCUCUAACCGGACAGCAGCCUCCUGUAACCGGACAGCAGCCUCCUGUAACCGGACAGCAGCCUCCUCUAACCGGACAGCAGCUUCCUCUAACCGGACAGCAGCUUCCUCUAACCGGACAGCAGCCUCCUCUAACCGGACAGCAGCCUCCUGUAACCGGACAGCAGCCUCCUGUAACCGGACAGCAGCCUCCUGUAACCGGACAGCAGCUGAUGUUGUGCUUUGCCUCCAUCAUGGAGACUCUGGGUAACGAGGCUUUGGGGAAGAUCAUGAACAUCGUGGACGAAGUCAAAGAGUCUCAGCGAUGCGUUCAAGGACCUGAGACUCAGCGAUGCGUUCAAAGACCUCAGACGAGCUUCCUGAGUAUCCUGAGCAAGGAGCGCGUUGAGGUCGAACACUCGUACGGACUCCGACCGCAGAGCGACGACCCGGACCGACCUGCUCAGGCCGAACCAGCGGAGGAAGCGGUGGAGACGCCGUUCGUCCUGGCGGUUACCGUCAAAGAUGAACACGGCAACAUCGACCUGGGAGCCAUCGCUGAGAGAGCUCGUGUGGAGUCCUCUGAGCCGGUGACCUUUGACCCCGUGCCUCCUGACUUCGUGCUGCAGAGCGUGACCUGGAAGUAUUUCACGUGCACGUCGUGCGGGAAGUCGUUCACGUCUCAGAGCAACCUGAAGGCUCAUCACCGCGUUCACACGGGAGAGAAACCGUUCAGCUGCUCCGAGUGCGGCCGGGCGUUCCGGCAGCGGCAGAGUCUGCUGAGCCACCAGCGCACGCACAGCGGCGAGCGCCCGUUCCCCUGCGGAGAGUGCGGCAAACGUUUCGCCAAGCGGGCGCAGCUGAAGACGCACGCGGUGGUUCACACGGGAGAGAAACCGUACGGCUGCGAGCUGUGCGGCCGCCGCUUCAACCUGCUGCAGAACCUGCACCGCCACAGCCACACGCACACCGGCAGGAAGAUCUUCGUGUGCGGCGUCUGCGGCAAAGGCUUCACGCGCGCCGUCACGCUCAAAACGCACGAGCUCAUCCACAGCGGCCAGAAACCCUUCAAGUGCGAGGAGUGUCCCAAAACCUUCCGCCACGCCGUCAACCUGAAGAACCACCAGAGGAUCCACAGCGGCGCGCGGCCCUUCAGCUGCGACGUCUGCGGGAAGUCGUUCCGCCAGUCGGUCAACCUGAAGAUCCACCGCAGGAUCCACACCGGCGAGCGGCCGUUCAGCUGCGCCGAAUGCGGCAAAACGUUCAGCCAGCAGAGCAGCCUGAUGUCGCACGGCCGCACGCACUCCACGGAGCGGCCGUUCUCCUGCGACGCCUGCGACAAGACCUUCAACAACAGCAACAGUCUGAAGCUGCACCAGCGCGUUCACACCGGGGAGAAACCGUACGGCUGCGACGUCUGCGGGAAAACCUUCAGCCAGGGAAGCCACCUGCGCACGCACCGCCGCCACCUGCACGCCGGCGGCAAGCAGUACAUCUGCGACCGCUGCGGCAAGAGAUACGCAGACCAGCGCAACCUGAAGCUGCACAAAUGCAGCUACGCAUGAACAUCGACCGACCGACCGACCGACCGACCGACCCACCGACCAGCCAAUCAACCAACCAACCAAUCAGACUUCCUCUCUUAAUAAGCAGCUGGGCGUCACACAGGAAGUGGACCCGUUUUAACCAAUCAGACGUGGAGAGCUCUGAUUGGAUGAGGACUACAGCAAUGCUUUCUGGGAGUUGUAGUUUGUGACCUUUGACCUGCUGACAGCGCCGCCGCAGCAGGCUGUAAAUAGCUGUCUCCAUGGAAACGUUGCAUCCGCCCACUGACAUGCUGCGCUCUGAUUGGUUGGACCCGUGCAUAUAAAUUAUGUUAAUUAUGCAUUUUUAUAAUUU